AUGGAGGUACUGAUCGACUGUUACUUCGACAAGCUGUUCGCUGAAAUGGAACGCAGUUGCUUGGCCUCUCGAUACAAACGUCGCGAGAUGGUUGGCUAUUUUUCAGAUGUGAUAAAUAGCUGUUCGGCAGCAGAAAACAUAGAUAAGCAAGACGUCUGCGAGAGGAUAGUAAUGUCUGCCCUUCGCUAUCACAACAUCGCAAUGAUGGAAAAUGGCUAUGUGUGCCUUCUCGGCAAGUUCCACAACGUGCUCUAUGUGGCAGCGAAACUUUGUUUCGACUGGAACCUGAACAACAACGAGAUCGUCUCCAGACUACUCAAUGACAUAUUCUACUGCGAGAAAACGUUCGAGCGUAUUUUGGUGGGGGCCAUAUUCGGUACACGAGUGACUCACUUCCUGUCCGGUUGGAAAAGCGACUUCGAGGAUCGCGAAGAGAAUCUUCGAGCUCUAAUGUAUUUCUUGCAUCACGCUACAGUCGGAAGACUCGAGUAUCGUUGCGCGUCUUCGCCCGAUAAACGACGAUUCAUUGACGUUCCUAUGGAGUCUUAUGGGCAGGCGUUGCCCUUGAGAGUGGCCAUUCAACACGGCUCUCCGGAUAUUCUUUUGAUCAUGCUCCGUUACGGGGCCUCGGUCGAGUCUGACAAAUUGGCUCCCUCUCCGCUCGAGAUGCUCUUGAACAAGCUGAGCGAGUACGACGCUCAACCUGGCCAAGAUCAGAUUGUGUUCCCAGAACACUUGCUACUUUGCUUGAAACUCGUGCUGAGAACCGUGACGACUGCCUUCGUGAAGACGCCUGGACACAUAGCCGAGCAGAGCGGCAUUUUCAGCGUUUCCAUUUACGAACAGUACCCAACUCUGGUCGAGCAGAAGUUGGUGCCGCCGGAGAGAAGUGGCAUGAGUCCGCCGGAACUGAGGCAUCUUUGUCGUUGUCGCAUCCGAGAGACUUUGUUCGAGAACUGGGCGUUGCCGCAUGGGAUUCAGAAGCUUCAAAUCCCGGAGUCGUUGAGGAAUUACUUGGACCUUCUCGGUGAUUGAGGAUACUGUGCAGAGGUGGUUACCCCUCAUGGCUGAAUGGGCUUAGACUUUAAUCAUUGGGAAGAUAGGCUUUUUGGAAAUUGAUCUGUUUCGUGCGAAAAUGGAUUUAGUAAGUUUCAAUGAAUUUUCGAACUCUUACGAUCGGUGCCUUAUAAUAUGCGUAUAAUGAUUGUUUUUUUAACUUCAGCUUUUCAAGUUACUCAAAGUGUAUUUGAACCUUUCCGAAUUAUCCGUGUACGUGCUGUAUGUGUUGUGUGUGUUGCAUAGAUAUAAGUUAGGACAUUUUUAGUUACGUAUAAAGUGACCUUAAGAUAUUUGAAAAUCCAAAUAUUACGUGUAUUCUACGCGAUAAUGUGUUUGUCUGAAAUAAAAUAAAAUUUAUCAAAUAUAGUUUAAGGUAUCAAAGUUUAAAUUUCAUGUGUACAAAUUACAGAACUCGUAAUAUUUUCCUUCG